GUAAGCAAGGUCAGAGAGACGCUGAGGCCUGAGGAUCAAGUCUUCAAGACGAGGCAGCCGUCCUCUGCAUUUCAUCUUUGUCGAUCCGUUUGUUAGAAACAAAGAACAGAAUCCUUAUAUGUCUUAGUGCCAUGGCACUGUGGAGCGGGCUGGGGCAGGCGGCGACGGUGGCGCAACUGGUUGGUGCGGACGUCGGCGGGCUCAUCUCCAUGAUCAUGCAGGCGGCGAUGACGGCUCAGCAGAACAAGAAGGAGUGCGAGCAGCUCGCCCGCCGCGUCUUCACCAUCGCCGAGCUGCUGCAGCACCUGCAGGAUCCCGAUUUGCUGCGGCGGCCUGAGAUCCGGCGGCCGCUGACCGGGCUCGACGACACGCUUCGGGAGGCACACGAGCUUGUGUUGUCGUGCCAGGACAAGAGCGCCGUGUACCAGUUGGUGAUGGCAAGGAGGCAGGCUGACCGGUUCAGAGAUGUGCAGAGCAGGAUCGACUCCUAUCUCCUCCUCGUCCCCGUUAUCAGCCUCCUGGAUAUCACUCGUCGUCUCGAUCGUAUCUACAACAUACUGCUUCCAACCAACACGCCCGGACCAUCUAUGCCUGCUUUCUCCGUGCCCCCAAAUCCAUCCCCUCCCGCUCAGGUUGCCACACAGUUUGUUUGGAGAGGAACCCAUGGAGUCAAAGAAUUCACUUUUAAGGAGCUCACAACGGCGACGAACAACUUUUCUCUUGACAGAAAGAUUGGUCAAGGCGCCUUCGCUACGGUGUACAUGGGUAGGCUUCCCGACGGACGCGAGGUGGCCAUCGAACGCACGCUCGAAACAUCCGGCAUAGGGAAAAUAGACAUCAUGAGAGAGCUCAGUAUCCUCCGCUCCAUUAGCCACCAGCACAUCGUCCGCGUCUUUGGCAGCUGUGUGAAGGAGAAGCGCCAGCUCCUGCCACCGUUUCGGAAAAAGGAGGAAGAGAUCCUACUCGUCCUCGAGUAUAUUGAGAACGACACCCUUGACAAACACCUGCACGGCCCACGGUCGUCGUCGCCGGUGAUGACGUCCUGGAAGACGCGCAUCGAGAUACUGCUAGGUGUGUCGAGGGCCAUCGAGUACAUGCAGUCCUACGGUGAGCGGCCGGUGAUCCACCGUGACGUCAAGCCGUCCAACAUCCUGCUCGAUGCGAGCUGGGCGCCGCACUUGACGGACUUCCUUUGGGCGCUCACAUGGGAAGGCCCAGGCCAUCAGGAGAAUAUUAUUGGCACCUAUGGAUACUUGGCCCCGGAGUGCGUUAUAGCAGGCACUCUAAACCCGACAGUCGAUGUCUACAGUUUGGGUGUUGUGAUGCUGGAGGUAUUGACGGGGAAGAAACCAUAUUUCUCUAAAGAAGAAUGGGAAAAGGAGAAGACAGAAGAACGUGUGGAAGAGGAGAAGAGAGAAGAAUGUGAGCAAGAGGGGAAGAACACAGAAGAGGGCAAGGAGAGUGAACGAGAAGAAGAUGGGAAGACAAAAGAAGAAUGGCAUGAAUGGCGAAAGCGGGAAAUGUUUAGUCGUCGCCACAACUUGGUGUCCUUCGCGCUGCCACUGAUCGAGGCGGGGGAGGUGUGGAAGGUGCUGGACAAGCGGCCGGCAGCGGAGCCAACGCCGAGGCAGCUGGAGGCAGCGGAACUGGUGGCGCAGAUGGCAGUACGCUGCCUGCUGCUGCAGUGGGAGGAGCGGCCGCCCAUUUCGGAAGUCGUGGCCAACCUCGAGAACGCGCUCGAGCUCGCCCAUUGCGACGGUUAGCAUAGCCUGGGCUCCCGAGACAUCCUAUGUGAAUUGGGCAAUGUAUUUCUCAUGUAAAAAUUAAUGCUGUUUGCUUCUGUUUCUCUUUUGUGAGCAUACACAAUUAAACAUCGGAACUGCUAAUGGUCUGUUGACAGAAAAUAGGGUGCUAAAUCUGUCACUUUUUUACCAUUCAUCUUUGUUUAAAAUUCAUGCUGCAUUUGGAUUCAAUGGAUUGAGCAAAGUCAGGCACGGUUGUGGACUUUGAGAUGGAUUGGGUUUUUGCUA